AUGGCAUCAGCGGACUACCCCCAUGGUUCCGAACCAUACAGCACGCUCGAAGUGCGUAGCGUAGAGACAUCGAACCCCCAAACUCUUGACGGCUCGAAUAAGGAAGUGGUGUCGAACCCGGAUCACAGCUAUCCGCAGGUUGUUGACCCACAGACUCAGACGGCAUGGGAUGCUCCAAAACCAGAGUCCCCCUAUGCGGAUACAGAGGCGACAGCCGUCCAGGGACAGCCUAACCAGGCCACGAGGCGAACGAUAUGCGGGUUGUCACCGCGCAUAUUCUACGUCAUUCUAGCCGGCGCGAUACUGAUUGUCAUCGGUGCCAUCGUCGGAGGCGUCGCCGGAGGUUUAGCCGGCAAGAAAAAUUCAUCUAACGCAUCAAACUCGCCCGAUUCGUCAACGCCGGGCUCAGGAACGACAGCCAAUGUAAACGUCCUCGGCGAAUCCAAGCUCGCAGCUUCGAAUUGGACGGACCCGUCAGGCUACGUUCACAGAAGUGUGUUCUUCCAAGAUCCGACCAACGCCAUCAUCGCCCGCCAAUGGGACUCGCAGAACAAGACGUGGACGACGCGGAACGUCAGCCAGUUCAUGCAAUCGUCGACAUCGGGGCCCAUUAACCCUCUCCCAGGGACGUCCCUAGCGAGCGCGUCCUGUAGCAGCAGAUGGGGCUCUUUGUACCAAGUCCUGGUCUGGUUUUCGGAAGCCGGGCAGAAGAACGAUGUUAUCAGCUGGGUGAACUCGAACAACCCCGUCAACAACCCGAACUUUUGGGUAUACAACAACUCGGGCUUGCCGACGUGGAACGGCACGCAGUUGGCGGUGGCGUGGCAGCGCUGUCCGAAUGAUAAGUGUGUUGGGUCCUGGACGUUGGCGUAUCAGGGCCGCGAGGGCUUUAUUAGGGUUGCGAAUGCAUCGAAUUGGGGGAAUAAUACGACUCCUGUUGUCAGGACCAACGCUGUCUCGGCUGGUGCAUCACUCGCUUUGGCACCGGCGUUGCAGGGAGCUUAUGUUGAUGGGAUGACACUGGCUACUCAAAGGCGGCCGGGGUCUAUGGGCAGAACAACAUUCCUGGGGGAUUGGAACUGGAAAGAAGAUGACGGCACGAUAAUAGACGACGUCGACCCCCUAAAAACGCGGCAAUUCGCCGCCACGACGAUGAAGAACUUCACCCAAUCCUUCUUCGUCUCGCUAUCCACCGACGGCAGCAUAACGGGGUCGCGAUGGGACGGGAAGGCGUAUAACGCCGUUCCGGAGAUCACGUUUGCUCAGGGGCAGUCGACGAAUUUCUCGGCCAUCGCGAUGACGGAGGAUGCGAUGUUCUACGGGAUAUCCGAGGACCAGAUCUGGGAGUACUCCGUCGACACGACGGAUCCGUCUACUUUUACACUUGCUGGCAAGGUAUACCCUUAA